CUCAGCGUCUCACCUGCCAUCUGCCAGUGGAUUUACAGCUUCCUGACGGGCAGGACACAGCAGGUGAGACUGGGGGAGGCCACGUCAUCCACACGAAGCAUCAGCACUGGGCCGCCCCAAGGUUGUGUCCUCUCUCCGCUGCUCUUCUCUCUCUACACGAACGACUGCACGUCAGCGCACCUGGCUGUCAAACUCCUGAAGUUUGCAGAUGACACCACUGUGAUCGGCCUUAUCACGGGCGGUGACGAGUCUGCAUAUCGACAGGAAGUGGAGUGGCUGGAGCUGUGGUGCGGCCGACGCUCAAGACUGUAGAGAUGAUCGUGGACUUCAGAGGCAUCCUUCGCCACAGCUGCCCCUCAUGUUGUCCAGCUGCCUUGUGUCAACCGUCGAGACCUUCAAGUUCCUGGGAAUUACAGUCUCUCAGGACCUGAAGUGGGCGACCAACAUCAACUCAGUCCUCAAAAAGGCCCAGCAGAGGAUGUACUUCCUGCGGCUUCUGAGAAAGCACGGCCUGCCAGAGGAGCUGCUGAGGCAGUUCUACACAGCGGUCAUUGAAUCAGUCCUGUGUUCUUCCAUCACAGUCUGGUUUGGUGCUGCUACAAAAAAGGAAAUCAGUCCUGUGUUCUUCCAUCACAGUCUGGUUUGGUGCUGCGACAAAAAAGGACAAACUCCGACUGCAACGGACAAUCAAAACUGCUGAAAGGAUUGUCGGUACCCCCCUACCCACCCUUGAGGACUUGCACGCUGCCAGAACUAAGACAAGAGCGUGCAAAAUCCUCUCGGACCCUCCACAUCCCGGUCACCAGCUCUUCCAGCUCCUUCUCUCAGGGAUGAAUUCAAGUAUUUCCAGAAGAUGACAGCCACGGCGUCUGUAGAAGGUAAACAGAAUGUGGUGGUCAUGGGCAAGAAGACAUGGUUUUCCAUCCCAGAAAAAAACAGACCUUUAAACAAUAGGAUCAACAUCGUCCUCAGUCGACAAAUGAAAGUUCCCCCUGCUGGCGCCCACCAUCUGGCUCCUGAUUUUUGCUCAGCUCUCAAGCUGAUUGACACAGAGCUGUCAGAACAGGCUGAUCAAGUCUGGGUUAUAGGCGGUAGCUCACUCUACAAGGAGUUGAUGCAGAGCCAAGGGACCCGAAGGUUAUUUGUCACGCAAGUUCUGGAACAGUUUCAAUGCGACACAUUUUUCCCUGAAUUUUGCCCAGACGAGUACCAUCUGCUGCCUGGGUUCCCAGGAGUGCCACAGGGCCUGCAAGAGGAAAAUGGUAUCCAGUACAGAUUUGAAGUUUAUGAGAGCGUCGUACAUUGUCCAUUGUACAGUAAAUAAACAACAGAAAAAUUGAAAAUAC